GGAAGUGUCAUUUUUGGACUUAAGCAAAACUUCGGCAUAUAUCGAGCGGCAGCGGCUCCGAGCUGAUUCAUAACUUUCGGGACGAAAUAAUGGCCAUCAAAAAGCUCUAAAACAGAAGGCGGGAGGAUGUCUGUGGAGGUGGACGUGUUGCUGCAGGAGGCCAAAGAAAGCAUCGAGGCUGCUCAGAACUACCGCAGUGAACUCCAGCAGCGCCUGCAUGGCCUCAACCAGGCCCGCAAACAGGUUCGAGGUAGCUCGGGUCAGGCCCGCGAGGCCCUCCGGAGGCACUUCGCAGAGCUGCAGGCAGCAGCAACUCGACUGCUGACAGAGCGGCUGACCACCCUGCUGGCUGAAGUGGACACCAUCGAAGCCGACAGCAUCAGGCCGCUGGAUGACUGUCAGAGUCUCAUUGAGCAUGGUGUGGGCCAAGCUGAUGAGCUGCUGAGAGAGGGAGAAGCAGCUCUGCGCUGUGGUCUUGGAGAGAAGGAGGACAAACUGGGCAGUUUCACAAAGAAGGCCAUGCACAUCCAACUGGACAGCCUGCCAGAAGUACCAGCGUUAGUGGAUGUGCCGAGCGUUUCAGCCCAGCUGGAUGACUCCCUGCUGGGCCUGCUGAGGGACCGGGUGUCCCGCCACGGCUCUGUCUCCUCCCACCCUCCCGUUCAGAUAGAAGAGCUGCAGGAGAGACCGGGCAGCAUCUUUGUCCGCUGGUGUAAGGUGGACGAGGACUUUGCAGCAGCAGACUACAGGCUGCAGUACCGGCGGUCUGGCAGCGGGGGGAGCCAAUAUGAGGAUGCCUACAUCGGUCGGGACUGUGAGUUCUUGGUCCUCCACCUGGAUCCUCACAUCGAUUAUCUGUUUAGGGUCUGCGCCCGUGGGGAGGGUCGCACCGAGUGGAGCCCCUGGAGCAUCCCACAGACAGGAUACACCACACUGGCACCACACGAGUGGCGCUCAGGGACGGAGGGCUACAUCCUGAGCAGCAGGAGAAACAUCGCCCUGCGCAAUGACUCCUCCCAGUCCCGCUGUCCCGUCCUCUAUUCCAACGCCCCCACCUACUUCUGUGGCCAGACACUGACCUUUAAGAUCUCAGCAGCAGGUCAGAUGGAUCGGAGGGACGGUCUUGGAGUGUGCAUUGGCAGCGACAGAGAAGGGGAGUCCCUUCAGAGAGACCAGGCCGUCUGCAUUUCAACAAAUGGUGCUGUUUAUGUAAAUGGUAAAGAGAUGACCAACCAGCUGCCUGCUGUCACCGUUGGCUCUGCCGUGACCUUCGACAUGGAGGUGGUGAACCUGUUCCCCGUCAGCAACAACAACCUGAGCGACGGCGGCAACUUCAAGCUGAGGGUGACCAUUGGCUCAGGGAACCGGGAGGUAGUGUUUGAUUGGCUGGUGGACCAGGCGGUGGACUGCCUCUUCUUCGGCUGCUGCUUCGUCCACUCUGGCUGGAAGGUGCUGGUGUUUUAAAGGCUCCGUUUUUAAAAGAACGGACCCUCGUGUGUUCAGGAGCCCCUCACCCAGGCUCCGUUAUCUUGAAUUUCUCUUCCGUUCCUUUUCUUCUCACGUCUGAAGUCCUCACCGGGUGGCUGCAACAUCUGGAAAACAAAGAAAAAUCUGUCACUUCUCCCUAGAAUUUCAUUAAAGUGACAGCUACUAACUUUCACACAUUUUCCACAGAAUCUGCAAUUCUGUCAUGGAUCUUUCCAGAAAUGUAAAAUCCCAGUGAUAAUGGGACAAUAUUAAUGAUGUGGACGAAUAAUAGAAUUUAAAAAAAGCUAAAAUGAAUUAGCCUGGUUCCAAAAUACAGUCAUAGUAAAAGAAAAAUCUGUGCUUACUUACAAGUAGGUAAUGUUUUGAAUGUGUGAUUUCCACAGCAGAGCAGUAAAUAAUUGGAUUAAUGGACCACCACCAACACGGUUUCUUGCAUGUAUGUAAACUCUGUAUGGAGGAAAUGUGAUUUGUCCAGAUGAGUCCAGACUUUUUGAGAGCUCCUCCUCAGCCUUCAGGGACCUUUGUUGGAAGAAUGAUAUCUGUAUUCACACCAGCUUCUUGACUCUUAAUUUGUUUCACUUUGAUUCCCAGACCUUCUUACAAGGUUGGACAAUGUUUACAGCUUUAUUUUCUUGCUGUGGGAGAGUUUUCAUCCAUCUUUCAUCUGUGCAUUGUCUUUCUUUAGUUGUAGUAGCAGUCUGAGAGCUUGUAGAAGAAGAACACAUCCUGUAAGGACACACAAAGGCACAGGGCCUCUUUAUGUUUUAACAGCUUAACCUGCUGGUCUGAGUUUAUUUUUAAUCUCAACAGAAACCAUUACUGUGAAAGUCACACCUCUUGAAGCCUCUUAAACUCAAGCGUCAUAAAUUUGGUGGGACAGUUCAACACAAACACAAAGCAGCCUGAGUGUUUGCUGUCGUCUGCAGCUCAGGAGUUUUUCUGGGUUCUCCCAUAAAUAUUUCCUCAUUCUGAGUAAAAUAUUGCUGUUGCAUUUGUUGUAUUUUAUCUGGUAAUGUAAUUUUUGUGCAUAUUCAUCCUGUAAGCAGUUGAGCUGUGACUCCUUUGAACUCUGAGCCAAACACAGCUGAUGCUCAGUAAAUUUCUGGAGGGUUUCAACAGGAAAGACUCAGUGGAACAAGCUUUAUGUAGAAAAAAACUUUAAAGCAAUGCGUCUUCAGAUAUAUCGACACACAGACUUAGACAUGGACUGCACCUCAUGCAGUUUUAAUUCAGACAUAGUGUUAGAUUCACUGGUCUUCAGGCUGGGGGCGAUAGUUUUUUAUCCAAAAAUUAGAUUUGAUUUAAAUCUGUAAAGAGACCACUGUCUACUCAAAGUAGGAAAAUAUCUUAUUAAGUAUGUGAGUUUAUGAUUGACUCAGAUCGAUGCUCUGGGCUGCAGAGAUUUGUUUUUUGUUGAACUGUUCUUUGCAUUUAUCAAGCUGUUGCUUUGCUUUUUAAGCUUCUUGCAGUGACAAUCCUAACAGUAUUCACAAAUGUGUUCGUGGGAGGAGGAGUGUUUAAAGUUUAAGGAGCACAAAUACACACGUGGACAAAAUUGUUGGUACCCCUCAGUUAAAGAAGGAAAAACCCACAAUUCUCACUGAAAUCACUUGAAACUCACAAAAGUAACAAUAAAUAAAAAUUUAUUGAAAAUUAAAUAAUCAAAAACAGCCAUUACUUUUGAAUUGUUGAUUAACAUAAUUAUUUAAAAAAAACAAACUAAUGAAACAGGCCUGGACAAAAAUGAUGGUACCUCUAUAAAAGAUUGAAAACUAUUUGACCAGAGUGACAUGAUUAACUCAGGUGUGUCAUUUAAUUGACAUCACAGGUGUUUCCAAACUCAUAAUCAGUCAGUCUGCCUAUUUAAAGGGAGACAAGUAGUCACCUUGCUGUUUGGUGAAAAGGUGUGUACCACACUGAACAUGGACAACAGAAAGCGAAGGAGAGAAUUGUCCCAGGACAUCCGAAAAAAACUUAUAGACAAACAUCUUAAAGGUAAAGGCUAUAAGACCAUCUCUAAACAGCUUGAAGUUCCUGUGACAACAGUGGCUCAGAUUAUUCAGAAGUUCAAGACCCACGGGACAGUAGCCAACCUCCCUGGACGUGGCCGCAAGAGGAAAAUUGAUGACAAAUUGAAGAGACGGAUCGUUGGAAUUGUAUCCAAAGAGCCCAGAGCAACCUCCAAAGAAAUUAAAGGUGAACUCCAAGGCCAAGGUACAUCAGUGUCAGAUCGCACCAUUCGUCGUUGUUUGAGCCAAAGUGGACUUCAUGAGAGACGACCAAGGAGGACACCACUGCUGAAAAAAACUCAUAAAAAAGCCAGACUGGAAUUUGCAAAAAUGCAUGUUGACAAGCCACAAAGCUUCUGGGAGAAUGUCCUUUGGACAGAUGAGACCAAACUGGAGCUUUUUGGUAAGGCACAUCAACUCUAUGUUCAUAGACUCAAAAACCAAGCAUACGAAGAAAAGAACACUGUCCCUACGGUGAAACAUGGAGGAGGCUCAGUAAUGUUUUGGGGCUGCUUUGCUGCAUCUGGCACAGGGUGUCUUGAAAGUGUGCAAGGUACGAUGAAAUCUGAAGACUUUCAAGGCAUUCUGGAGAGAAAUGUGCUGCCUAGUGUCAGAAAGCUUGGUCUCAGUCGCAGGUCAUGGGUCUUCCAACAGGACAACUAUCCAAAACACACAGCCAAAAACACCCAAGAAUGGCUAAGAGAAAAGUGUUGGACUAUUCUAAAGUGGCCUUCUAUGAGCCCAGAUCUGAAUCCCAUUGAACAUAUGUGGAAGGAGCUGAAACAUGCCAUUUGGAGAAGACACCCAUCAAACCUGAGACAACUGGAGCUGUUUGCUCAUGAGGAGUGGGCCAAAAUACCUGUUGACAGCUGCAGAACGCUCAUUGACAAAUACAGAAAUCGUUUAAUUGCAGUGAUUGCCUCAAAAGGUUGUGCAACAAAAUAUUAAGUUAUGGGUACCAUCAUUUUUGUCCAGCCCUAUUUCAUUAGUUUGUUUUUUUAAAUAAUUAUGUUAAUCAACAAUUCAAAAGUGAUGGCUGAUUUUGAUUAUUUAAUUUUCAAUAAAUUUUUAUUUAUUGUUACUUUUGUGAGUUUCAAGUGAUUUCAGUGAGAAUUGUGGGUUUUUCCUUCUUUAACUGAGGGGUACCAACAAUUUUGUCCACGUGUGUAUAAGUUAUUAAUGCCUGCGGUAGGGGCAGGACUGAUCACACAGACCUCUGAGCUUUGAUUCAGACGAGCAGAAACUCACCUAAAGGUCUUCAACAUAGUGAACAGUACAUGAAAUGUCAGGAGGACAGACUAAUAGAUAAGUAUUAUUUAGAAUGACAUCUUUAGCACAUAAACAGCAGAUAACACAAGGUCAACUUUAACAUUUCAGUAAGUUCAGCUGACCAUUUCUUUAUUAGAAGUUGAUCUGCAGGGAUUCCUGCUCGUCUUUAACAUCUUUUCCAAACCUCUGUGGGCUUAAAAGUCAUUUCUACAGCAACAGCGUGAUUUUUAUAUUCCUGUGUUAGUUGUCUAAUAGCUUCUUCUAACAGCAUCUUAGCAUUGUGGUCCAUGGUUUCACUUUGCAGUUGCACUGUUGAGGUGAAAUUUCAGGUAUUUAUGUGUGCGUAUUGCUUAUAAAAGGAAGUGCAGUACUCUGCCAAGGCUGCUCAGUCAUCAUUUCUGACGGCUGAAAUCUUAAAAAAAUUCAUGGGAAGAAAUCUCGGCAUUAAAGAAUGUGAUCAUUUAAUGUAGCUGCACCCACAAACAAAAUGACGUUGAGCUGAGAACAGGCGUGUGUUGUGCAUGUGUACGUUAUGAACGGAUACCAAAUUGCGUGACCUUAAUAUGUAGCGGGCGGAGGGAAUUGAUGGGACUCGGUAACACCACCACAAAGGGUUCCUUGUGUCAUUUCUGAUGGAUAACUCACGAUAAGUCCGCAACAGUCACUUUUUAGUAGGAUCGCAAUCAUAUAAUCGUCAGCAGGCAGCUGAUGUAGUGUCCUCUUGUUGUCAUAGUUACAGUGACGCCAUGACACUAUCUCAUAAUGAUAGAGAAAUCUUUAACAAAUCCAUGGAUCCAGACGAUAAGCCACAUCACUGCCAAAAUCUAAUCACUUGGUCCUUGCGUCAUUUCUGACCUUCCUUGAAAAUUUCAUCCAAAUCCGUUUGUCCGUUUUUUUAAUAUUGUUGCUAACAGACAGACUGCUUUUAUUCCUCCAUGGCAGAGUAAUAAAAGCAGCACAUAUAAACCUUGGAUUUCACAGCUCUGUAGCUGAUAAUUCUGACAGCUGCAUUUGUACAGUGAUCAGCAGGGGGCGCUGCAGAGAGGGGUAAUAAUGCAGCAGUCCCUCCAUGUUUCUUACUUUUGUUCCUGGUUAAAUAAUAAAAAUGUGAGGUGAAUAUUAAAGCACAGCAAUUAAGUCAUUCGUUUUUAUUUUGUUUUACCAUCACAGCUUCACUUUUGAGCACGCUAACCAUUCUUUUCUUCAGCUAAAUCACGCAAAGCUGCUGCUAUUGAGAGCAUUUUAUCAACUGCAGAUAUUUUCUGUGUAUUUUUAAAAAUGCUUUCCAGUUUCAAAGCACCGUGAGCUCUGGAUCUGAGUGAUUUAACUCUGGUAGAGGGGCUCAUUCUGUCCAACAUAUUUAUGAGUUUAUUUGUCUCUUUCUGUCUACUGUAAGUUUUAUUCUGUUUUUUUUUUUUUUUUUUUUUUUUGAUCUCUGGUGGAGUGGAGCAUCUAAAAUGCCUCUGGACAAAUGUUAGGUCAAGAUUACAACAGGGGAGAAUGACAUGACUUCUGUUGUUCUAUGAUGUUUUUAUUACAUGUAGCUCUUAGUUUUUUAAUGUGCAAAUCUGAAAGACAAACAUCAGCGGGUGUUUGUCCUGCAGACGUAGUGGACUGUUCUUUAUAACAUAGGAAGGCUUCAGUGGUGGAGGACUGUCACUGGAUUCGUUCCUCACCACCAACUCAUCUGUUGUGCUUUUAAUUUUAAAGAAACAUCCAUUUCAGAUGUUUGUCAUUCUGAUCAAGUCAGCACAGCUUUUUGUUGUUUCACAGAUGUUUUCUUGUUUUUCCGCUGGACUGAGGACAGUGGGACUCAGGGUUGGGUCUCGAUGAUGGUACAAAUGUCCUGAAACCAGCAAAUACAACCUCAGAAUAGACUUUCUCCACGUAAGGAGGGAAAACUGUUGACUUAAGCAGCUGUUUGUGCAUCUGACACAACAGUGACACCUGCUGGUCAAACCUCUGCGUUGCAUUUGUGUUCACUGCUGCAUCCUUCACUUUUUGCUCAAUAAAAGUUGUCGUGAGCCACA